AUGUGGACAUGGCUUGUGCAGAGUCUGGGCGCAGGCCUCCUCCUCGCGCGGGCGUCGUAUGCGGCGGUACUUGUGAUUUCCAGGUCGCGCAGCCACCCCGUUGCUAGUGCCUCGAGCGCUCAGCAGUGCACCAUACAGAUCCUCGAGCGUACAUUCGGGAAUUCUUACGGAGAUCCAGAGAUUGUGCAAUACACUCCACCGACGGAUUGUGGGGCAGUCGGUUCGUGGGCUGGCAUCAGUCUCAACUUUACUGUGACUUCCAACGGAACUCAGUAUGACCGGCUGGGAAUUUUCACCUUCCAAAACGUCGAGAUCUGGCGAACCUCCACGCCGGAGCCUACUACGGACGGUAUUAUUUGGACAUACCUCAAGGACGCGACUCGCUACCUUCCGCUCUUUUCGGAACCGGGUACCUUCAUUUUGGAACUAGACAACAUACUUGCGACUGGGCUCAACGGCCAGUAUGCCACUACGCUCACUGCCACGUUCUACGCGUCGUCCGACGAGUAUCCGUCAGCACCUCGGGCUAACACAAUCAUCCCUGUGACCACGCUUGCUAACAAUACUGGGGACGACGCAUCCGUCCCUCCUACCUUUUCUUUGAAUGUGACUGUCCCGCAAAAUGCCGUUGCAAUCUAUGCUGAGCUGUACGCAUCUGGUAACGGCAACGAAGAGUUCUGGUAUUACAACGUGGCCAAUGACUACUUGGGUGACCUCCCAAGUGGCCUCACCUACGGCAACGGACCAUUUCGUGAGGUUCGCAUGCUCGUGGAUGGUCAAGUAGCCGGCGUAGCGUUCCCAUACGCUGUAAUCUUCACAGGGGGGAUCUCACCCACAGCCUGGAGGCCCAUCACGUCAUACGGCGCCCUGGACCUCCCAACCUACUUCAUCGACCUCACGCCCUUCGUACCCGUCCUCACUGACGGCCAGCCGCACAACAUCAGCAUCGAUGUUGUGUCGGCCGAAACCAACCAUACCAUCAACGACAAUUGGUAUGUAUCGGGUAACCUGCAGGUGGUGACGGACUCGUCGUCAGGCCCAACUACUGGCAACAUCACCGUGUACAAUGUGGAGCCAUAUGCUGAAACGUCGACUACGGGAACUGUCGGCGACAACGGCGAUUUGACAGUCACUGUGACUGCUAAGCACAGCAUCCAGAUCCAGUCAGAGUUCACGAGUGGGAGCGGACAGCAUACCUCCGUCAUCUGGACGCAAGACCUGGAGUACUCCAACACGCAGUACUACCUGGACAACUUGUUGGUGAACAAUGUCGCGCAAACCGCCACGGGCUCCUUCCUGUCCACGCACAACGGGGUCCCGGCAUUGAGUGAUGACUUCUCCUACCCCCUGUACAUCAACAUGACCUACUUGGAUGACAAUUACGACUCGUGGACUGCCGAUUUUGACCAUUCAUACAAUCGCGUCUCCUCGCCGAGUCCCUUCAUCCUAGGAUCCACGAUCAAUGAGCGGCAGGUUGCAACCUCGUACUUCGUCGUUUCGUCCAACGGCAACUACGGCAAUGGCACGAACAACAACACAUUCAACUAUGUCGAUUCCGACGGUGACACGUACUGGCGGAACGUCGGCGCUGCAGACAACAAUGUCACUUAUGACAGCAUCGGCGGUUCGCUUUCGGGCAGCAGUCCCUUCAUGCUUCCGCUGUCCGCCCCACUGUCACAGGGAGUGAUGGCUAAGCCGAGGCUGCCAGGGGGAAAGUAG